AAACCUUUCCUAAAAGCCAGGAUUUUAAGAAAUCCCACUUACCCACAAUUAGACUUCGGUACAGUCAACUGAUUUAGACAAGAACUUUUUAAGCCAACUUUUCAAUCAAAGUCUGCCAUGUUUGUGGAACUGUGGCUAUUUACCAUUUUACAAUGACUUAAUUGCAAAUUAAUGUAUAUCUUUUUUUUUUUAAGAAGAUAUAAUAAGCUACCUUUUUAAAACGACAACCCAUUUUAUUUUCCUGGAGAAAAGAAUCCAUUUGCUUUAACCAUAAUCAGAGGAAGGUUAUUUGGUCAAACAAAGUAAAAACCAUAAACAACAGAUAGCCAUCAUUACCACAGUAACAUUGGUCCAGCUAGGAAUUCACUUAGCUAAAUGGGUGACUUCCUACUCACAUAGCUCCUCAGUGCACAACAAACACAGGAGCAAACAAAAGCCUUUACAGAAUCCAGAACCACCAGGCAAGAAGAAAUAAUGAUCAAGCAAUCAAGCAAAAGUUUUAAAACACUGCCUAAACUACACCAAAAAAAAAAAAAAAAAAAGAAAAGAAAAGAAAAGAAAAUGAUACUACAAGAGAGAAGUUAAUGAGGCAGAAAGAUAUUCUCAGAUACAAAACCCCCUCCAGGACUUUUAAGGAAGGUAUCAGAGGCAUAUGGAAACCUAAGUCCAGGAUGGAUUUAACUGAAGAAAAGGAUAUUUCGAGAUUAUCAACAUUUUCUAAUGCAACAGAAAACCAAGCCAACUUAGUCUCCUACUUAGUAAGUGCCAGGCUAAAUUGACCAACUCUACUCUUCAUCUUUUUGGAGAUCCAGAAAAAUCAAAAAGAGAAAAUAUCCAAAUAUAGAAGCUUAAUUUAACAAAAUUGGAAAAACCUAAACUAUAUUGUGCUCUGGUGACCUAGCAAUCAAAUAAUCACAGUCAUUUGGUCAAUGUCUAUGAUUAACUCAAUGAGACAGGAUGUUUGGCUAUAGCGCCAGGUACAAAAAAUAUAUUUUCAUGAAGGAUCACUCCCUCUUAUGUAAUAGAUUGGGUGAGUGAGUGAGUGAGUGCAUGGACUCAUAGCUUUUGGCUUUCUGAAACACCCUGCAUCAGUCUUGUUAUGAUGAUUCCUUAGUGCUGGGAUGGAUCAUCCAGGCAUUUAAGGUAACACGAUGGUAAUAUUUUGCUCAUUUUUCAGGAAAAAAAAAAAGUUAUCACUUCCAAAGUUGGCAUAGUCACCCAAAGCAAAAAAAAAAAAAAAAAAAAAAAAAGCCUCAGAGGCAAAGGAAAGGGGCCACAACCUUGGUAACUGUAAAAUGACGAAUGAGAAACUCCUCCUGCUGAAGAUAUUCAGGUAUAUAAAGGCACAUGAAGGAAUACUUAAAACAUCAUUGUCAAAUCCAAAUCCACAUCUUCUGGAUUUUUUUGCUUGAAAAAAAAAAGUGAGCACCAAUCCUGACAUGAUUCAAAAGUGUUUGUGGCUUGAGUUCCUUACGGGUAUGUUCAUUGCUGGCACCCUAUCCCUGGACUGUAACUUACUGAACGUUCACCUGAGAAGAGUCACCUGGCAAAAUCUGAGACAUCUGAGUAGUAUGAGCAAUUCAUUCCCUGUAGAAUGUCUACGAGAAAACAUAGCUUUUGAGUUGCCCCAAGAGUUUCUACAAUACACCCAACCUAUGAAGAGGGACAUCAAGAAGGCCUUCUAUGAAAUGUCACUACAGGCCUUCAACAUCUUCAGCCAACACACCUUCAAAUAUUGGAAAGAGAGAUACCUCAAACAAAUCCAAAUAGGUCUUGAUCAGCAAGCAGAGUACCUGAACCAAUGCUUGGAGGAAGACGAGAAUGACAAUGAAGACAUGAAAGAAAUGAAAGAGAAUGAGAUGAAACCCUCAGAAGCCAGGGUCCCCCGGCUGAGCAACCUGGAACUGAGGAGAUAUUUCAACAGGAUAGACAAUUUCCUGAAAGAAAAGAAAUACAGUGACUGUGCCUGGGAGAUUGUCCGAGUGGAAAUCAGAAGAUGUCUGUACUACUUUUACAAAUUUACAGCUCUAUUCAGGAGGAAAUAAGGUAUAUUUUUGGAAUUAAAAUUCCUUUUCCCUCCGAAAUCUCUUUCGCCUUCUCCUCCUCCAUCUUCUUUUUAAGGAUUCUUGUGCCAUCCUGUAAGCCUGUCCUCAGUUGGAUUGGUAGUGAAUUAGAUGACCAUUAAGCUUUCAUUUAACCUUUGAGAGGCUAGGAUUCUAAUGUAGCACACUCUUCAUUCCUGAUGUAUAUUGUUUGAUUCCUACAUCUAAAGGCAUGGAAAAUGCUGUGGAAAAGUAUGAUACAGUAUCUGUCUUUUACUGUUUUUCAUGUGCCUGAAAUAAAAUGUCCAGAGUCAUAAUAUGGAACAAUUUUACAUUAGAUUUUCCUAGUUAGAAGACUACAUUCUGUGAGUUAAUUUAACUAGCUAUUCCAAUAAUACAUAAUACUUUAAUAUCUUUUAUCUUUUUAAAAGUUACUUUGCAGCCAGAUUACCUAGAUUAUUUACUUUUCUAGUACGGCCCUUCA